UCGUUACGGCUUAGGCAUGCUUUGAUAAUAAUUUAUAUAAAUGUGAUAUUUGUGUUGUGAAAAUUUGGAUUGGUAAAAAAAGUCCUUCGAUUUCAUCGUCACUUCUCGCAUUUGCUUUGUGCGGUUCGCUUCUGUCUCUUUCUCCGGUUCACAGCCGAACCUCAGUUCCGUUCAGCACCGUAGAGAAUGGCCACCGACGAUCUCCGAUUCUUCGAGUUGAACACCGGAGCAAAGAUACCUUCAGUUGGUUUGGGCACCUGGCUCGCUGAACCUGGCGUUGUUGCUCACGCUUUGGCCACUGCAAUAAACGUGGGGUACCGGCAUAUAGAUUGCGCGCAAAUUUAUGGCAACGAGAAGGAGAUUGGUGAUGCCUUGAAGAAGUUGUUUGCUGAUAGUGUAGUUAAGCGUGAAGAUAUGUUUAUCACCUCCAAGCUAUGGUGUAAUGAUCACUUGCCGGAAGACGUCCCAAAGGCUUUUGAAAGAACUUUACGUGAAUUGAAACUGGACUAUUUGGAUCUCUACCUUAUUCAUUGGCCAGUGAGUGCAAAAGACGGAAAGCUUACCAAACCUGACAUACCUAGCACUUGGAGAGCAAUGGAGGCACUCUACAAUUCUGGAAAGACUAGAGCUAUAGGGGUCAGCAAUUUCUCUGUAAAGAAGCUUCAGGAUCUGUUGAACAUAGCGAAUGUGCCUCCAGCCGUUAACCAAGUGGAAUUGCAUCCUUCAUUACAGCAACCCAAAUUGCAUGCUUUCUGUGAAUCCAAGGGAGUGCACUUAUCAGGUUAUUCACCUCUGGGAAAAGGAUACAGUGAAAGUAAUAUACUUAAAAAUCCAGUGCUGCUCACGACGGCAGAGAAGUUAGGGAAGACUCCAGCACAAAUAGCUCUAAGAUGGGGACUACAAAUGGGUCACAGUGUACUUCCUAAGAGUACAAAUGAUGCUAGGCUCAAAGAAAACUUUGAUCUGUUUGAUUGGUCUAUACCUGCAGAUUUGCUUGCCAACUUCUCUGACAUCGAGAAGGAAAGAAUAGUUACAGGAACUGGUUUUGUUAGCAAGACAUCUCCUGGAUACAAGACAACUGAAGAACUCUGGGAUGAAGGUUGGGGAGGUGGAGAGAGAAGUGGUGGUGAUGGAAGGAGUAACACCCUAAACAAAGCAAUUUGGAAAAAGAGUGGGGUGAAGGAAAUAAAGAUGAGGAAGUGUUCAGUGUAGCCAUAAUGCAGGAAAAUGAAAAUUGCAAAGGAAAUGAAGUGAAAAUCCUCUUUAUUUGUUGCGGCUGCACUCUGCACACUUCCUCCUCUUUGGGAUUAAAGUAUUAUUAAGUUUUAAAUGGGACCUUUUAAAUUGGAAAGGGAACGAAGUGAAGAUCCUCUUUAUUAAAACUUAAUAAUACUUUUACUUCAUAAAAUACUCUUUGUCAUUCCAUGUAAUAUAAAUAGAUAUAAAUAAAGUAACCGCUUGUAGCAAGCAGUGCUUUUUGAGCUGUUAUAUAUUGAUAUAUAUAGAGAUUGCUUUUGUAAAAGAUGUAUGAUACAGGAAGAUAAAUCUACGUCAAUAUACGUGUAAUCAAACAUUAAAAUGUUUUUACUUCUCAA